AUUUCAAUGAAUUAAUUCAUUUAUUUCAAGUUACACCUAAUCUUCAAUAUUUAUCAAUUGUUUUUACAGAUUAUACUGAUGAAUAUGAUUUAUCAUUAUUUUAUGUACCAAUAACUCGAUUGAAACUUUCAUUUGAUUGUUCAUCAAAUAUUUUACAAUAUUUUCUACAAAAUCUUUCGAAUUUACAACAUUUAACAUUAGAAACAUCUAAUAUUUAUAUGAAUGGAUAUGAAUGGGAAGAUUUUAUCUGUAAAUAUUUAUCUAAAUUAAAAAUUUUUCAAUUUAAAAUGAGAUUUUCUCCACCAAAUAAUCAAAAUAAAUUAAUUGAAUUAAAUGAAAUACUUGAUUCAUUUCGAACAAAAUUUUGGCUUGAUGAACAUCAAUGGUUUGUUCGAUGUCAUUGGUAUGCAUCUGAUGAACAAUAUCAUUUAAAUUUUAUUGAUCUUUUUACUUUACCCUAUAUAUUCAAAGAAUUUCUUAGUUAUACAGGUUGUAUUCUAGCAAAAUCAACAUGUUCGAAUGAUAAUAUGCAUUGGUCAUAUAAUCAAGUAAAUCAAUUAUGUUAUAGAUCUUCAAAUUUUACAAAUACAAUUAUGUCUCGUAUACAUUUUUCGAAUAUUCAACAUCUUUCUUUAUCACUUCCUUUUAAUGAUCAGUUUUUAUCGAUUGUAUCAAACCUUGAACGAUUAACAUCACUCUAUGUAUCGAUAAAUAAUAAUAAUAAAACAAUUGAAAAUAUUCAAUCACAAUUACAAUUAUUACUUGAUCGUGCAAUACAUUUAAAUUCAAUAAGUUUUGGUUCAUGGCGUUCAACAAGUUUACAAGUAUUACUGAUGAAUAUUUUCAGUCAAACAAUUCAUAAAGUUAAUUUUCAAGGAUUUAUUUGUGAUAGAAAUAGUCGUUGUUUUGAUGAUAAACAAUGUAUUCAAUUGAUUCAUUCAUCAUUAGGUAAACAAUGUAAAAUACUUUUAAUUAAAGUUAAAACACGAAUGAAUAUAGUUAGUCUUGUAAAUGAAAUGUCAAAUUUACAAGCAUUAAAUGUUCGAUGUGAAGAUGAUACAUGGACAAAUGAAGAGAAUUUAUCAUUAUCAACAUAUGAUGAACUUAUUGAAUGGUUACGUCAUUGUUUACCAUCAUCAUGUAUGAUUACAAGAGAUACACAUGAUAAUCGUGAUAUUAGAUUAUGGAUUAAAUAG